UAGCUCCCUUUUUCUGGGCUUCGUUCAUCAACGAACUGCCUGUCUUCGUUUCUGUCCCGAUGGUUAAGUGUGUCGUAGAGAAAGCAGGACGAGAGUGCAUCAAGCGAUAGAACAACAACACUAACGGUUGUGCGAUACGCGCGUUUAUUUAUUUAUUUAUUCUAUUUAUUUAAAUUAAAUUAUUGCCAUAAUACCCAGCCCAGUCAGUAAAUUAUUCGCCCAGAAAAAUGCAAUGCAGCUAACAAUUUUGAAUUGUGCAGUUUUCGUGAUUUAAAAAAUUGUUUUGUGGUCAAGUGAAGAUCCAUCAGUUCAGUGAAUUUUGUCGGUCGUUUCCGUUCAAAGUGGAAAGGUUUCGCGGUUUUCUUUCACCCUGAUCCCGGAAAAUUGCAUUUGACGAAACGGAAAUGAGUGCAGAGUGCAGUGCAGAUGCAGAAGGAUAGCAACCGGAUAUGACACUCGAGCGGUUGAUAGUGCAUAAGUGUAAACGCGAAACUUGAUGCUGCAGAUACGUAUGAGGAGUGUGUGGAUAAAGAAGAUAAAGGCAAAGAUAUUUGAGAUCGAUGCGAAUAAAUACACAACAACAAAAGAAUUUCUAUCCAGUAAAAUACAAAAUAAGAUAAAAAAAUAAAUAUACAAAACUAUAUAAUCAUAAUCCUAACUUAUUUAUUUAUUUAAAUUUGUAAUGUAAUAUACUUAAUUUAUUCCAAGGCAAUCGCAUCUAAUUUAAAUUUCAUGAAUAUUUUCUAAGAAAAUUUCGUAUUAAUAAUUUAUUUCAAAAAAGUCUCAAAUACCAAAAUCUAAUCUUUCUAAAUUUAUUAUAAGAUAAUUUCAGUCAUUAUUUCGAUGUAAGCUAAUAAUUUAUUAAAAACCCUAAUAAGCAAAACAAACAAAUUGGAAGACACCCACUUUAAAUUUAAAAAUAAUUUACAGUUAAUUUAUCACUAAUUUAUUUAACUACAACUAUUUAACGUAAAAAAAAAUAAUUUAAAACAAAGUAAAUCUAAGAUCUGCAUACACAACAACAAGAAAAAAUAGCAUUUUCCAAAGGCCCACAAAAAUAUUUAUAUUUAAAAAUAUAUAAUAGAAAGUGAACAAAGUACAAACAAAAAUUAUAACGAAAUUUUACAAAAUUUUAUAAAUACACGUGGAUAACAUCAAAGUCUGAUUGAAACCAAAACACAAAAGUUAUAUUUAGAAGUAAAUUUUCGAUUUGAAAGCCAUUUUUGACAAUAACCGGAUCAUCAGUUUUUACUCGAAAAGUAAAAUAGUUUGCAGUGUUGAUAUAGAUUCGUGUGUCGUGAAUUCCUUGCAAUAUUUUAUUUUUAUAUUUAUUCGACAUCUAUUUUUCGCGCGGUUAACGGUUAUACGAAGUGUUACAGAAUAUUGUUAAUUUGAUCAACUCAACUCAAAUGAUUAGUGCUCAAAUAUAGGUUUAUCGAUUGCGAAACAGUGUUUUUCAGUCUUCACAAAACGGUAGAUAUAAUAGAGUAUAAACAAUAGAUACAACAAACAAAAUACAUCAAAACUCAAACCCAAGUGUCCGAUUGCAAAAGUACAAAGUUAUUAAAUUUUAACAAUUAAACAACAUAACAAAAGUUGAAAAUAAAAAUAGUUAAACAGCCGAUAUACACAGUUCAAAUUUGCCAUAAAUAUAAAUAACAAAAGAAAGUUCAAAUCAAUUCGUAUUUUCAUUUUCUGAAGUCAACUCGAGAUCUUUCCGUGCUUAGCAAGUGUUCAUCGUACAAAGUUUGUAAAAUUUAUUAUUAAUCAAAGCCAAGAUUUAGUAAGAGAAGUUACCGAAAUAUACCAAAAAGAGAAAUAUAACUUCAAUUCGUUAAAGAGAAAAGUGAAAUUUUCAAACAUUUUAAAAUUUCGAAUGAUAUUUUUUCGCCAAAUUUUUGGAAUUUAAACUAAACGUUAAUGAGAAAGAGCUAUUCGAAUAAAACAGAAACGUUGAACCUAAGCCAUUUAUAAUUAAUGUUACUAAAAAGUUAAUACAAGCAGCAAAACGUUACAAAAUAAAUUCUACCUCACGCAAAUUUUCGUACAAAAAUUACAAAGGAAGACAACCUAAAAUGGAAAUUGUUACAAAAUCUCGAUAACGAAAUUCAGGAUACAAUCAUAUUUGUAGUGUUCUAAAUGUUUAUGAAAUGUUUUUGUGAAACUCGUAUUCUUGGGAACCACGCUCUGUUAUUGUGUCAUAGUGAACUAGAAGUUUAUCAACAAAUACAGUGAAAUAGACAUAAAGUAGUGAUAGCAAAAUAGAACUAGAAGCACCAUAAUUUUUUCCUCGAGGAAUUUAUUUUAUAAGUGCGGCCAUGCUAGUCUUUUCAAGAGCUCAAAAUGGCAUCUAUGAUGAAUGCUCAAACUGGCGCUUCUUCUAGUAACAGCGCCAAUGAACAAAAUCUCAUGAACACUUCACAUCAUUUAGGUUUAAACCACCACGCGCAGUACAGUACAGGUACUGGCGGUGGUUUCGUAUCCGAACUAGUCGAUCCCAAUACGUGGGACUACUAUGAGCGGCAGGAUACACGCUCCAGUACAGACCCAAUAACAUCCCAAUCAAAUAGUUACACAAGACCUUGGGAAAUGGAUCCGCCCAAGGAUAGUAAGGGUUUCGAACCUUUCUCCAAACUUCCGUCAUUCCAAAGCCAAUUCCAUGCGUAUAGUGAAACAAAUUUGAUACCUGAACCGAGCUUACCACAACCAGUCCCAGUACCAGUUUCUCCCAGCAGUGCUUCUCCUGGUAAUGGUCAGCUAACACAAUUAACACCAAUCAAUUCACUUCAGACAGGGCUGACAGCCCUAUCAACGCCAUCGUUUCAUACGCUAACUGCAGUUAAUACUCGCCCCUAUCCAAUAGUGCCCGCUCCAAUUCAGGCUCGUGAUAUCCCCUCGAUUAACCAACAAUACCUGGAUGAACGCCAUAUCCAGCUGUAUCAACCUAUUUCUACAUUUACACCGCAAAAUGUGGUAACAGUUAUUAAAAAGGAGCCAAUGUCACAUUACCAAGACCUUAAUGGUAGUCAGUUACAGUCAACACCUACCUUUGAGAGUGCCAUGAUGGAUAAUGGCUACCACAAUACACAACAGAAUACCCCUGCUCCUACCACAACGUUAAAGGUGGAGAAGGUGAUGAACUCGCCGGUUACGAGAGUGGACGCAAGGAAAAAAGAGAGACGGAAAAUUCGUGCAAGCUCGUUGGAAUCUAGUGCGGAAUCGGAAAGUAGUGCAAUGGAAAUCGGUGAUCCUAGUAACCCGGGACAAGUGGAUGCCGUUUCGAGUACCGCGAAUUUUAAGAGUCCCAUGAGUUCGAUCGGAAUGGGAGAGGGUCAUGACGUGACUGGAGAGAAACAGACGAAAAAAAAGCGGAAACGUUGCGGUGAGUGCAUAGGUUGCCAAAAGAAAGAUAAUUGUGGCGACUGUGCACCAUGUCGUAACGACAAAAGUCAUCAAAUCUGUAAGCAGAGACGAUGUGAAAAACUAACGGAUAAAAAGCUGAUAUAUGGCGCUGAUGGGCAACUGGUUCGGAGCCAAGAAUCAAGACGAGGACGUGGAAAAGGUCGAAAUGCAAAUGGGGGUACUCGUGGUCGUAAAUCGGCUGCCGCAGCCGCUGCACUAGCCAACAACAGCUUACGUACCGCUGUUUCACCGCGUCAACCGCAAGCCAAAUCAGCUAUUAGUCCAGCUCCGGCAACAGCUGUCCCACAUCCCUCGCCAAAUACAACCAGCGCAGCCAACACAAACAUUGGUGGUAUCGGGUCAGGUAAUACUGGUACAUCGGUUGGUAACCAGCAACAACAACAGCAGCAGCAGCAACAACAACAGCAACAAAACCAAGUUGGUCAACAGACCUUACAGUCACAGCAAGCUGCUCAACAACCACAACAAGUUGCACAAGUUCAAACGAUGAAGGACCAACCACAACAGCCAAUGGCCCCCAUGGCCUUCUACCCAACCUGGCAAACUGAUCCAUCACAGAGCUGGCAAAAUCAGUUUAUUCAACAAAUUCCACAAAAUACCCCUGCAAUCACAUCUUUAAACUCAAUUGAUUUCCAACCACAAAGUUACACAUACCAACCCAACAGCUACGUUCAAACUGGAAUUGGUUUCGAUCCAAACUAUGGUCGAACGUAUGGCGCUCCGGUCCAACGUUAUGAUUUCCAAACACAGCAGAUCACACCGAUCAACCAAGUCUCUCUACAAAGUGUCAGCUUCGCUCCGACCGUUACUUACGCCGGCCAAGUAUCAACGGCUCCAGUUCCACCAGUUGUUUUACCAAAUUCCCAACAACAACAGCAGCAAAAUGAACUCUCGAAGACGGUGUCGGGAAACGACAUGCCUGGAUAUCCGCGAGUGAACAGCGUACCGCCGCGCUCACUCAAUUGUAACGGGUAUUCAGGCGACUUUGGCGGUAAUCAACCACAAACCCAAUCCACACGUGGCAGCAGUAAUCCUAGUGCACACGCUCAGCAACAGUCGCAAUCACAAUCGCAGUCAGCGAUGCAACCACCCGCGGCCCAAACGCAGCCGAGCCAUGCCCAACAGCAACCGGUACCGCAGUCACCUAAUAGGAACAUGAUGAAUCAGCAACAAAGACAUGUCUCCCAGUCCCCGAAUCAUGUUCCCCAAUCACCAAGCAGCCAUAACAGCCAUAUGAAUCAGUAUCCCAUUCAGCAAUCCCCUAACCAUAAUCAGCAAAUGCUCCACCCUCAUCAAGGAAUGCAUACUCCGAAUGCCGCCCAAACUCAACAAAAUCACACUGCGUCACCGAGUCAUGCCCAAAUGAACCAAGACUGGAACUGGAACGCUCAGCAACCCCAGAACGCUUCAUCUGAUAUGUUCAAUCAGUCAGAUCGUGUUAAUUUGAAUACUCGUCUAAAAACUAUGAUUCUAAGUAAAAAUGAUCCGAAAGAAAUGUCUGGUCCAGCUGGACAAAUGCCAGGUCCGAACAAUACACCCGGAGCAUCUGGCGGUCCUGGGGGUGUGCCUCAACAACCUCAAAAUCAGACCGGUCAUUUUUUAUCGUAUAGCCACCAUCUCCGAGGCGAUCCUAUGAACGCCAAUGGUUCGGCAGCAGGAACUGAUAGUAGCCAGCCGGCUGGUCAUCAACAAGUAAUUCCAGCAGGCUCAGCUCCCUCUGCCCUGAAUGAACCUCUCGGAGGUGGUGGCGACGCAAUUUGGAAACCUACAGGGCAUACUUUUAAGAAACCCGGUAGUUUCCAAACACCUGAACCACAGCCAAACAAAAUUUCCAAUAAAACAAGUACAGAUAUUGAUAAAAGUAUAAAUGAUCCCGGAGGCGGUGGAGGACCAAAUCCAGGGGUGCCCACUAAACAUGAGAAAAUUACACCCUACCAAACCGCUGGGCCGACCUACCAUCAGGAUGGAAUGGAAACAAAUCCAGCUCAUGUUGUUAUCAAGCAAGAACCCGGCCUUAUGCCCCAGACGAAAAUGGAGGGAUACGAAAGGAACUAUCAAAAUUUCAUUCAGUACGCUGACUAUUGCCAAACACAAGAACAAAACCAAUCUUACGGAAGCCAAGACUAUCAAUCCCAGCCAGCGAAUUAUCAAAACCCAUCAGCUACGUCUGGUUCCUCCUCAAACUACUACGCUUCUGGAUAUCAACAAAACUUUCAAAACUACAAUCAAAACUAUUCCUCCACGAACUCAUCAUCAUCAUCUUCGUCGUCGUCUUCCUAUAAUUGUCCGCCACCACACGGGCAAACGACAAAAUCUUCCAAUCAACAUCAUCAAUCACAUCACCAUCUAGCGGAAUUGGAAACUAAGCCACAAGCGAUAGCGAUAAAUUAUGAGAAGGAGAUUCCUGCACACACAUAUCCUAAUCCAAAUGCACCACCCCUUGAUCCGUCAAAAGAGGGCAUAGACAAAGUGACGGGAUACCCGUUCCUAGGCGAGGGCGGACCAGCUGCAAUCAAAGAUCCAGUUGGAUAUUCUUGCUGUCGUCGUGGUGGAACUCGAAAUCCAACCACCGAACAUUUAAAAGACGGAAGCUGUGCUGGGUUGCAGACAAAAGAUGAAAUAUUAUUAGAAGACGAGGAAGAGGAAGGUGCGGAAGGCGGCGAUUCGAAAUCAUCCAAAUCGAAGGAUAGCGAAAAGACAGAAGGGGAAGAAGUGAAGGUGAAACAUGAACUGGUUACUCCAUUGAUUGAUACAUCUGACCGUCUAGAGAAGGGUAACAAACCUGAAGUGCCAGACUGUGAUUGUUUUCCAUCGGAUAAAAAUCCACCGGAGCCAGGCAGCUAUUAUACGCAUCUUGGCUCAGCAGCAACUUUAACAGAGCUCAGAAAAGAGAUCGAAGAUCGUGUUGGAAUUUCGGGAAGGCAGCUACGUAUUGAGAAGGUAGUAUAUACUGGCAAGGAGGGCAAAACAACGCAAGGUUGCCCGUUAGCUAAGUGGAUUAUUCGACGAGCAGACCCCGAAGAAAAAAUCUUAGUCGUAGUGAAGAAAAGACAAGGGCACAAGUGCAAAGCAGCUUUUAUUGUAGUGUGUGUGGUGGCAUGGGACGGUAUGCCCCGCCUGGAGGCAGACAAUGCCUAUAAAAUGUUAAUAGGAAAACUCAACAAAUUCGGGUUGCCGACAACUAGAAGAUGUGCAACCAACGAGAACCGAACGUGUGCUUGUCAAGGCCUUGAUCCAGAAACCUCUGGUGCCUCAUACAGUUUUGGUUGUUCCUGGUCCAUGUACUACAACGGUUGUAAAUAUGCUCGUUCAAAAACUGUACGUAAAUUUCGGCUAUCCGUUAAAAAUGAAGAGACUGAAAUUGAAGACCAUAUGAACGUCCUUGCGACAAUACUCUCUCCCCUAUUCCAAUCAAUAUGCCCUAAAUCAUAUGACAAUCAAGUUAAGUACGAGAAAGAAGCGCAAGAAUGUCGCUUGGGCUUAAAGCCAGGAAAGCCAUUUUCGGGUGUUACAUCAUGUUUGGAUUUUUGUGCGCAUGCUCAUCGUGAUUUGCAUAAUAUGCAAGACGGAUGUACAGUGCAGGUGGCGCUAUUGAAACCUUCAAAUCGGGAUGGACGACCGCCUGAUGAUGAACAGUACCAUGUACUGCCGCUCUAUGUGAUGGAUACGACAGAUGAGUUCGGAAGCGCUGAAGGACAAAAGGAGAAGAAUCGAACAGGGGCUGUACAAGUUCUCGAGAAAUAUCCUUGUGAGGUUCGAGUACGCUCAACACCUCUUCAGCCCUGUCGACGACAUGGAAAGAAGCGGAAUGGAAAAGAAACAGAAGAUGCUGCUGCAGCAGCAAACAAUGACCAGCAGCAACAACAACAACAACAAGCUGCCCAGCAACCGGCUCCACCAGCUCCAACUAAGAAGGAAUCAAGCAAGUCAAAGUCGAAAAAUAAGAAUCAGCAGCAGCAUGCCAACGUGAAUGCAAAUGCGACGACCCCUUCAACCCCGUCGCCUCGAUGCCAGACUCCUGUUACAAACAAUCCGAGUCCGGCUGGAAGUGCAUUCUCCACACCACCCGUUAACCAUCCAGGAGCGAAUGGCAACAACAACCUCAUGUCCUCGAAUUCCAGUCUGAUGAAUAUGGCCACCAUGAUCGAUACUUUCACCGAUGCGCAGCUUCAAUCCAACCAAAUCUCCAGCACUGUUCUAGAUUCACCAUAUUCCUACGACUAUCAGACUGGAUCCUAUAUUGAUUCUCGUAAUUACUAUGGACAGUGGCCACCACCUCCUCAUCCGCCCCCCGCGGUUACACCGAAUACCCAUACCAGUCCCGCCACACCUAUGCAGCACCAUGAAACCUACAAUAACUUUGCAAAUCCAAUGACCAAUGAUCCCACGACACCAAUGAAUGACAUUCGCACAGAAGUGAAGAGCCGCGGAAGCGAAGACAAUCCCGAUUCAACGACUAUUGUAAAUACUAGUAAUUUAGCUGAUGGAAAACUUGUUCCUACACCUACAGCCACAAGCUUGCCAGAGGAGGGAUUCGUGAAACCUAAGCCUCCGCCCGAAUAUCAGUACAGUCAGUAUCCAAAUAACUAUCAAAUGUACCCACCCCCGCCGACAUACUCGCCAUACGACGCGUACAACAACAUGAAUUACAAUUAUAGUUAUCAUCAGCCCUAUACUCCAUAUGGAAUGUAUCCACAGCAGACCCCGGCUCCUACACCUCCGCCUCCAUCGCCUAAUUGGAAUAUGUAUCCACCAUCAACUUCAUCACAGCAUCCGCAUCCUCCACAUCCACCAGCGCCUCCUCACACCAUGCAUCAUCAGCAGACGUAUUCUCCUACACCGUUACCACCAGUCACUCAUCCGCAUCACAUGCAGCAGCAACAACCACAACCGCAUCAACAACAGCCUCCAAUGCCUCCAAUGCAACCAAUGCAGCAAUCGCAACCUCAACAGCAGCCGCAUCCGUUGCCUCAACAAAAACUGCCUCCAGCCCAACCUCAGCCACCCCCACCACAGACACAAACGCCUAUUGAGACAACUCCUCCGCCGGUUACACCCAAAACAGAACCGAUCGGCGAGGUGACAGAAAUCAAUGAAAAUCUCGAAGCUUUCCAAGAUCCGCAAAUGGGAGGAGUUGCGAUAGCACUAGGUCACGGCAGUGUCCUAAUUGAGUGUGCCAAACAUGAAAUGCACGCGACAACCGCCCUUAAACGACCAAAUCGCCUCCACCCAACACGCAUGACGCUGAUCUUCUACCAGCAUCGAAAUUUAAAUCGACCCCGUCACGGAAUCGACGAGUGGGAGGAGAAAAUGCGUUGCAAAAAAAUCAACACGGAAAUCUCAGAGGCUAAAGCGAAGGAGGAGGCGAAUGAGGCGAAAGUGAAACAGGAACCGAUGGAUGAAGAUGACGAUGCCACCGGUCCAAAAAACUUGUCUGAGUCCACGAGCGGCCCAGGUCCAGAGAAAAAAAAAUCCAAUAGUAAGUCGAAAAAAAACUCCACGGGCGAGCACCAGACUACAGUAGCAAAAAACGAGAAGCUGGUGCUCAGGGCCCCAACACUCACAACGACCUCGUGGACAACACUUUUCCCAAUGCACCCAUGUGUAGUAACUGGACCAUAUCAGGAGGGCAAUAGCAGCCCCACAUCAACAACACCUGCACCACAACAGGUUGCAGCAGCUGGUGGAGCAGCGGCUGCAACACAAGCGUAAAUCGGUAAAAUUUACAAUAAUUCAAAUAAUUUCAGAAUCAGAAAAUUAGGAAAAUUCGCCCAUAUGAAAAUGAUAGAUAAAUGCAUAUUCCGAUUGUGAUUCAAUAUGGAAAUGAUGAAAGUGGCGCUUUCUAGUCUGGGAAAGCAGUGAGACCAGGUAUCGGUGGUUAAAUUGUACAGAGAACGCACAUAUGUAGAGAUAUUGUUCUGUUUUAACCCGAAUACUUACUUGAGAUUUUAUGUAGAGUUGAAGCAUACUUCCUUGCACUGAGAGUGGAUGGUCGGCUUUAGUUUUGAGAUUUUCUAUUAUGAUCCGGAUAAUGAAUCCCUCGCUCUGAUGAGUUUGGAAACCAUCAGACUUUUUAGUUUUAUAUUGUGAACUUGGAUUGAGUGGAUUCGCUGUCAGUGAGAGUCCGUCCAGAGGACCUGAUCUAUAAGCCGGUUAUCUAGCCCUGAAGACUUCCCUUUUUUUACCCGUAACUUCCAAAAAGGAUGUUUCAUUAUCUCGCAAUUUGUUCGACAUUUUACGACAACCAAAAACUCCCAAGAAAAAUUGUAAUCAAAUCAGUAAAAAUAUAUCAGAAUUGUCAAAAUCCGAUCCUUUGCUCUUCUGAAAUGCUAAGUCCUACGUUUCUUUGUCACAGAUAUUUCUUUUACAUCCAUCGUUAAUAAUGUCUGAACUAAGCUUACCCAGUAUAUAUCACGCGAGAAAAAGAAUAAAUUCCGUGAUAAUGAAACUGAACCAAUGCCAGGUUUGAAGUAGAACACACAAGUUGACUUCAAAACGAGUAAAAAAAGUGAAGUCUUGCAUGUGGAUACGUUUUAGGAGCUAUGUAGGGAACUUCUUUUAAUUUGGAAUCGAAAAAGAAAAGUAUUUUCGAACUAUAGUUUGCAAGUUUCACCGAACUUCUUUGCAUCUUUGCUAAUUGCCAGCGGCGACUUUUGCACACCAUCGAUAACUCAUUCAUGGACAUUGUUUCAAAGUUUAGCUGCUUAGGAUAUGAAGCUAAAAUGAAAAGCGAUCACACGAAAUGAGAAAAGGGAUAUGAAACAAUAGAAGCUCAAAGUGGUUGCCGCAUACCUCUCAAAUCCAUUGUUUUUCGUAUGUAAUAAUAGCAGACUUUAAGCAUGGCCAAUUCACAAGCAUGGAACUGACAGCAAGCAUACUACUUUCAUUUAUCAUUAAAUCAUUUGUUAUCAUCGCCUCCACCUCCUAUUUAUUGAAUAGUUAUUGAGACGUAAACCAACUACCUAAGCUACUAAACUUGCUGGAAAUGCAAACUAAAUAGCAGCGACAUUAUAUCUCACACUAUUGUUUUUACCUUGUUUCAUAAGUAGCACUACAACCAUCGAGAUGACCAUUAUUGUAUCACAUUUCUUUGUUACUAAAUCUUUCUUUCCAUAAUUUUUUUUCGUUCAUUUGUCAUAAAUAAAGAGAAACAUAACAAAAUCAUUCAAAGCAUUUUUAAUUCAUUCAAAAGAGUAAUUUAUUCAUUGAAAACAACUCAAAAGCAUUAUUCGUUGCCAAAAGUACAAACAGAAGAAAGAAAGAAUAAAGAACAAAGUAGAACAAAUCAAGCAACAACCAAGUUUCUUUACUAUUAACUAUACGCAGAUACGCAACACACAAUAUAUUUGUAUUAAUUUAAUAAAUAAAGCGAGAAAGUAACAUAGAACCGAGAUGAAAUCAUAUUUUAAACUACAAUAAUUGAAUAGAAUAUGUAUUUAAGCAAUAGUAACAAAGCAUAUUAUUAUCAUCACGAAAGAACAAGUAAACCAUUAUCAUUGAAGAGGAAGACACAUUGCAUAUACGAACAAAACUAAACUAUAAUUGCUAAUUAGUAGUUUUAUUUUCAAUGCACUCACUCCUUACGUUUGUAUUGAAGCAAUUAUUUUUUCCAUUGAUAUAAAUAUGAAAAAGACGAACGCAUAUAACAAUAUAUUAUUAAUACGUAUUAAGAUAUUAAGUUGGCAUUGUAAAAAUACAAGUACGAAACAACCAUUAAACAUGCAAGCAAAACAAACACAAGUAAACAUUAUCAUGAGAGUUAGCCAUUGGUUAAUAAUUAUUUUUUUUAGAAAAUAAUAAUGACCAUAUAGUUAUUAUAUUAUAAAUGAUACAUAAAUGAUAUCUCAUUUUUUUAAUUAGUAAUUUUACAUCGUUUAUUCUCUCUACUAUCUCAUUUUUCUCCUUAUGAAAUUUUUUUAGACUUAGAAGUUAAUUGGAAAUAACAAUUUUUAAAGAAAGAAUGGAAGUGAAAGAAGGAAACUACUCUCUUAAUUUUAAUUGAUUAAAGUAGUUUUAUUGAGUAUGAGUAUUUUUGUAAGUAAUAAACUAAAAAAAGAGAAGAAAGUAAUUGAAUCGUAAUGAGGAAAACAAGUAAUAAAAUGGAUAGUACGGACACAUUCGAAAAAAGACUCAAGCCAAGAAGUAUUACAGUAAAUUAUGUAGUUAUGUAUUAAGUAUACCAAUACAUUUUUUGCUAUAAUAAUAUUUCGUCGAUUUUUGUUCAAUAUUUUCUAUCGUUUUUUCAAUAUAAUUUUUUUUAAAGAUUGAA